CAUGGCGUGCACAUGCCACAUUUACCCAUAAUUAAGCCUGCAAAGGCUUCAUUUCUACUUAUUUUUUAAGGGGUUAUGUGUGUGAGUGUUUUACCUGAAUACAUGUGCUUGCAGUGUCAGGCGAGAUGGGAAUGGAGGAGCUAAGGCGCACCAUGGAAGGCCUGGCAAGGAGUGCAAUAGCCCCUUCCUCGUGUUACCAGGGACUAGCCGCAAAGACGAAAGUGAAAGAGAAGAUGCACGCAGCAGCCAACAGCCUCUGAACUAAGGUGGGGGUGAAAGCGAAAGUAGGAAGCGUCCCGAAAAACCCCACAGAAGCCAGGACAGACGCCUCUGCUCCCCCUGGCUGAUCCACUCAUCGAGACCCCCGUAUUCUCAAUUGGCCUUCCUGCCCCGAGAUGCUGAAGCAGGCAGUGGAACCCAGAGGAGGCUUCUCUUUCGAGAACUGCCAGAGGAAUGCGUCCCUGGAACACGUCCUUCCGGGACUUCGGGUCCCUCAUGCACGCAAGACCGGGACUACCAUCGCGGGGCUUGUGUUCCGAGAUGGAGUCAUCCUGGGCGCGGACACGCGGGCCACUGACGAUUCGGUUGUGGCGGACAAAAGCUGCGAGAAGAUCCACUUCAUCGCCCCUAAAAUCUACUGCUGUGGGGCUGGAGUAGCUGCGGACACUGAGAUGACUACGCGGAUGGCAGCUUCCAAGAUGGAGCUACAUGCGCUGUCCACCGGCCGUGAGCCUCGGGUGGCCACGGUCACCCGUAUCCUGCGCCAGACUCUCUUCCGGUACCAAGGCCACGUGGGGGCGUCAUUGAUCGUGGGCGGAGUUGAUUUGAAUGGACCGCAGCUCUACGAGGUGCACCCACACGGUUCCUACAGCCGUCUGCCCUUUACUGCCCUUGGUGAGCGCCUCCACCCUUUUCACACGAAUCCUGCUCCUGCAACCCCACCUUCAAGGUUUAUACCUCUGCAGCUAACAACUGACUUCAGCUGCCCCUUCCCACCUGCAGGCUCUGGUCAGGGUGCAGCCGUGGCACUGUUGGAGGAUCGGUUCCAGCCAAACAUGACGCUGGAGGCUGCACAAGAGCUGUUGGUGGAAGCCAUCACUGCGGGUAUCCUGAGUGACCUGGGCUCUGGAGGCAAUGUGGAUGCCUGUGUGAUCACUGCAGGGGGUGCCAAGCUGCUGAGAGCAUUGAGCACACCCACAGAACCUGUGCAGAGAGCUGGCCGUUACCGAUUUGCUCCUGGAACCACACCUGUCCUGACCAAGGAAGUGAGACCCCUGACCCUGGAAAUUCUCGAGGAAACUGUGCAGGCCAUGGAGGUGGAAUAGAGUGGCCUGAGAUGUAGAAUUUGGAACGAGGGUGAAUAAAUCCGGGAAACACAAACAC